GGCCCCGCGGCGGCUGCCUCUCGCCCUCACACUCCGGCUGCCGCUGCCAGUGUCUCCGCCGCCGAACCCUCGCUCGCAGCGCCCAGUGUCCGACCCGCCGCCUCGGGCAGGGGCCCGGCUCGGCCCGCAGCGCCGCGGCCCGCCUAGCUCGGGAACAGGGCUUCCUUCUGUGGAGGUUGGUAGGAAGUAAAGUCAGAUUAGUGGCCAUCUACAUGAGGAGAACAGCGGUGCCCAGGUAUCAUCAGUUCUCCCCAACCUAGCUGCAGGAGCCAACUGUUGAAAGAGGACAGUACCCAUUCAUCUAGGAGCCUUCAUAUCAGAAUUGAGGACUGUUCCGGGCAAGACCCCAAAGAGGGGCCUGGUCAAGGGAGGGUGACACUAAGUACAUUUAUUUAUUGGUAUUACAGUAGUGUCUAAAGAUCCUAAUCAGGAUUGUGCUAUUCACUGUACAAAUGUAUAGUAAGACCUUUCUGCAUUGGAGUCCUUUGGGUGAUAUCGCUUAAAGCAGUUCCCCAGUCUAAAUAAGCUAUACUUGUAAAACUUCUUGCCAGUAUAACUAUCUAUAACUGGAGCUUUUGCUGGCAUAGAUCCAUUGGUUAGGGAUGUGAUUCCCCCUGCCCACUACCAGCCAACAUAUCUAUGCCAAUAAAACUCUUAUGUUUAGUCCAGGCCUCAGAGACAGUUUCUGCCCCAAAGAGCUUACAAUCUAAGUAGACUAGACAGACAAAAGAUAAGGGGGAAGCAGGCACAGAGAGGGAAAGGGAUUUGCCCAAAGUCACAUAGUAGGUCAAUGGCAGGAUUAGGAACAGAACUCAGGUGUCCUGAUUCCUACUGCAGUGCCCUAAACCACGCUAACACUCAACAUUACUUUCACUUUGCUCCUGGUGUGAUUAAUAAUGUUUUGGAGUGAGGAAUUGCUGAGAGGGCUCCCAGAUGUUAUGGCCCAUUCUUGUACACUACAUUCAAGAUGAAUAUUGAGACAUAACCAAAUUCAGGGGAAGAGCUGCCUUUCGUACAGUUAGGCUUAUUGGGGAGGACAUUGAUUCCUUUAAUUUAACUUUGAUUUUUAUGGUGGAUUUGAGAGAGCACCAGGAUAGACUUUUAUGGGGUCGUAUCAAGAUAUGAAGUGUUGGGAUAGUCUUUUGGUCCUGAUUUUGCAAGGGAAUCUAUACUUGUGGCUCUAUAUGUCCAUGGGGGAUGGGAGGGGUGUCCCGUUAAAGUCAAUGGGAUCUGCAUGGAUGAAAGGAUUUGCCCAUGUGAAUCCCUCUGCAGGUUUGAGGCCUUAGGCUGUAUCUACAUUAGCUUUUUGCCCUAAUAUUUCCCACUAUUGCUGCCAUCAGUAUAGAUCCUUUGCCAGUACUUUUACCAACAUGUCAACUAUCUCUGCAAAGAGCAGCUAUGAGAAAUUUUAGCAAACUGAAUCUAGUGUAGACAAAAUCUUAAAGGAAUAAAUUAAUGGAGGACUUUGAGGGGGUAGGACUGAACUGGGGGUGGGGGAGCAUGCUUUUGGAUAGUAUCGUGUCAUGGGCAGGGGAAACUAAAAAGAUUGUAAAAUUGUGUGCAAUGUGUGGUUUUCUUCCGAUGUCAGAGAUUUUGCCAAGAUUUUACACCUUUUGGUGGAUUUUUUGGCGCCCCCCCCCCCUUUUUUUUUUUUUAAAUCACCUUAAGAAUUUGCUGUGAUAGCCUUCCACGGGGACAGGCUUUUUUGUUAGGCUGCAGUCAGUGACUUGGGUACUAGCUGUAGCUUUAGCCAGUAGGGAAGAUGUACUUUUUUAAAAUUGCUAAAUUUUCAGGAAAUUUACCUAGUUCAAAUAGGGAUGUAUUUUUUUUAAUUUAACGUUUCUGUGUAUUAUGUUGGUCACUGCAAUGACUUAAAUCAGAGUUAGUGUGUUUUUAAACUGGCACAGGCAGAUACAUGCACACAAGCUCAGCACAGCUGUAGCCAGUGGUUGUACUAGGCAACAGAAUGGAAGACCCAAGUUUAGAUCCAGAUUAUCAUCUGCUCUGCAGGCCAAAUGCAACAUGAACUGUUACUACUGAAGACUAUGGUAGAUGUAGCCUGGCUUAUCCAGGACUGAAUUUGGCUGUAAAUUGGUAUGACUUUAUCACUGCUACAGUUUCCAAACUCUUUAAGGUAAGUAACAUGAUAUGGUGUGCAUUCAAUAUUACAUUUUUAAAAACUUUUUCCAGUUGGAUUCAAGACCCAUGUAUAACCCCUGUAAGGGGGUUUUAUAGUUCUGUUGCAAACAGUUUAGUUUAAAUGGUUUGUAUGAAAUGUGGGUGGAGCUGAAGCCCUGUGUUAGGACAUUUCUGGAAGCUCUUUGGAUUUGUGCUUAUUUUGGACUUCAAAGGCACUCUGUCACCUCAAAGAUCACAUAUGGUAAACAUAAUUCUUUGCCUCGGUUACUAAUGGUAUCAAAGAUAGUUAAACUGAAAUUUUUAAAAAGUAAACGUGAUUAUUACUGUUGAUGCAAUUUGUUUCUUUUUGGCAUUUCUCUAAGCUUCGCUAAAAAUUAGUGAAGUUAGUUUAACUUUUUUUUUAAUAGGCACGUCCACUCUGCAUCUCAGGAGAAGCAUCUGGGUUGCAUCCUAUAUAGAUGAUCAUUGAUUUGUUCAAAACAGUGGUUUCCACUGGAGUUUAAAAAUAUAAUAGAAAUAUCAUAUUGGGCUUAGGUUUUGAAACCCCUUUUUAAUGUAUUCCACAUUUUGGUCAUAAAUUUUAUUUGCAAUAUCCAGUCUCAGCUAUCAUAUGUUUCCAGGGUCAAAGUGCAACCCUUCGUGGCAUUCCAUAGUGCCCCCUGGCCAAAUGAGUUGUAGAACACCUUAAAAAAAGAAAAAAGUAUCUAUGUGCUCAUCCUCAGUAGUUCUUGCUACAGGCUGGGAAAUCAAAAAGAAAAAUUUCAAGGUUGAUGGUUCCCAGUCUCCUUCCAGUCAAGGCAGACUUCUAGGGUGCCCAACUUUAGAGAAAGCAGUGGCUGAGAGCCCAUCACAGAGGGAAAAGGAGGGACAGCAGGCAGACAGGGUUUACAGUGUUCUUCAAGUACCUGAACUCCAGCUGAGUGUGUUUCUCAGUCUGCUCUGUUAAAUAAUGUUAGCAUUGAAAUGGUCCAAGUUAGGCACUGAAGUGAACAUCAUUGCCCUGCACUUUGCUAACACUGGGGAUUUGCACCAGUCACAACCACUGGUAUAGAUGCAUCCCAGUGCCUAGUGCAGACGAGCAGAGCCAUUACUGGCACUGGUGGAGCAUACCCUUACUUAACCAGGAUGUGCUGUAAUGGUGCAAAUCUUGCAUCCCAGGGGCUUUGCCUGUCUGCCCUAGGGAUGGCACCAGUGCACCUGUACCACUGGCUGGCCACUGGGCAAAUCUCCAGUGGAGACAAUUCUUUGUUACACUGAGGAUUUUAGUGUGGCUCCCCUGGUGAUAGCAAUGGUGGGAAAGCUAGUGUAGACUGUCUGUCAGUGUUUUUACCACCCUGCCGUCUGGUAUUUGCUCUGAGCAAUACUUGCAUGAAAGAGUGGUAAAUUGCUGGCAGCUGCUUUACACUAGUGUUCCGAUUGGUGCAAUAGCAGUGGUCAGAGAAUUUCCGAAAAUUCUCAGACCUUGUUGAUACAUGGACGUGUGUAUACCAGUAUAAGUAGAACCAGUAAAGUGAGUAAAAACUAUACUAGUAUAAUUAAAGCAGUACAGAUCCUUAAUGUGGGUGCUUAUACUGGCAUAGCUUAUUUCCAUAAGGGAAUGGGGAAUAUGCUAUACUAGUAGAAGGCAACUUUAUACUGAUAUAAUUGCAUCCACAGUAGGGGGCUGUACCAAUGUAACUGCUUUGGUAGAAAAUCAUGCCCCCAACCAACAUAGUUAAAUUGGUACAAAAACUGUAUGUGGACCAGGCCUUAGUGCAGAUGCGUCCUCUGCUAGGAAGAAGGGAGAGUGCACUCAGGGCUUGUUUUCACUAUUAAAAAAAAAAAAGUGUUCUUAACUCAAGUUGUCUGACUUGAGUUACAAUCCUAAUGAAGACAAGGCAGUUAGUUUAACGUGAGUUAACAGGUCGAGUUAAACCCUAGAUCCCUGUACAGUCAUAAAUUUGAGCUGAUAACUCAUAUUAAAAAUACAACUGCCUGGUCUUCUCUAGGAUAUAAACCCAAGUUAGAGUAUAUCUACAGAGUUAUUCCAGAAUAGCUUGAGGGAGUGGUGGCUCUGCCCUGUGUUUCUCAGAUAGAGUUAUCUCUGCACCUGGCAUCUUCUGCUUCCAGUCCACCUUUUUGAGGGUUCUCUGAUUCUUUUGUUGCUUCCUGUGGAAUUGGGGUUUGAAACCACCUGAGUCAGGUGUUUUAUUUUGUCUCUACAUUUGAAUGCCUUGAUCCCUUCUCUUGGUUGGGAUUAUAAUUUCCCUCCCUAUUUCUUCUUCAUUCCCUGGGAAAUGUCUGCCUUUGACAUGUGUCUUGCAUCCUCCUCGGAUAACAGAAAUCAAGAAUUCAUUUAACAAUGUCAGUUCUGUCCCUACAUGUUUCUAACUUUCUCCUAGAGACCCUGCAGGUUCCAUCAUUGACCUCUUCUUCCUCAUACACUCAAAAAUGUGCUGUUUGUUGUAACUGCUUGUGAAAUCUUGCUAUCAACCUUCUCUCUUGGCAUCUUUAAUUUCAAGCCAUGAUGGUUCUGCCCCAUCAGUGCUUUCUUGGAGGUUUCCUAGUUCAGUCUCUUCCCAAAUUUCCAUUCUGUUUAGCACAGUGGUACAUGUCUCUCUCUCCCCACUCCCACACAAGAUUCUCUUGGAGCAUUCCUAAAAUGUCUAUGCUGCCAUUGUACCCUCACUGUCAUAUGCUUUCCCUUUCCCUUCUUUCAGUUCAGUCCAGGAUGGUGAAAUCCCCGCAGAUUGUUUGUUCCCCUAUUUCCUUUGGGUUCUUGCAUUUCUCUCCAACCAUUGCAAGACUCCGCCUCUUCCCACCCCAAGUGACCUUUCAUUCUUUCUGGGUACAACCCAGUUUUCGGGGGUACAUGUUUCAUUGCUUAGUAUUUCUUCCCUUUCCAGGUGUGUUUAUUUUGGCUGCUGCUUCCUCUCAUUUCCUGACUUCUGGGUAGCUUCUCCUCUCUGCAGUCUCUGCCUGCUCAUCUAAACUCUUUCCCUCAUUUGUGGCUCACUCUGCCCCCUCAGCCAGUACACUGGUAUUUCUCUGGUUCCUCCUGCUUCUAUGGCCCUUGUCGCUUCCCAAAGGAGUCCCAGAAACACCCCACUGACCUAGACUGUGCCUGUGUGUACCAAGUGUGUUCAUACCUGGCACUGAAUGAGCAGGCAGUAUGUUCUGAGAACACCUUCAGUUUUUUAGCUUUCCAUCUGAUUCCUCAAACCUUUAGUCGUCUUAUCCCUAUACAACUGAUUCCAGUGUGGACAGAUACUAGACUGCUCCUUGUCCUACCAAGAGCUUGUGUCCUUCUGACAUGUCAUGACAGAGAAAACUAUAUAAGACUUUGGAUCACAUGCUGUCUUUAGAUUUCCUUUCUGCUCUCCCAAGGAUGCUGCCCGUUUGUACCUCUUUUGCUUCAUGUAUGUAACAUCUCCGAAACAGGAACCUUUCUGACAAUGUCACUGCCUCCUUAAUCUCUCCUGCCCAGUCUAACCUAGCCUGCUCCUGCUGGCCAUGCACUUCAGAGCCUUCCCCUCCCUCAUUGCUCUAUUUCUGUUUAGCUCAAUUCAUUCUCCUGAGUGAUGGGACUCAAGUAGCAGCCCUGCUCUUAAAGUGCUCAAUGAGACAACACUACUGCAAUGGCAGGCAUGUCUUUCCCCGACAAAUUCCAUCACAGAGGCCGGCAUCUUGGCUGACUCACAAAUCUCAGGGUUCUGCUCUACUUUCUGUGUCUAACCCCUAAGAAUGCCUGCCACUUCCUAACAAUAGUAAAGUGAAAUUCUAGUGAUGAAAGCCCUGCAAAGUUUGUCAAGCAGUGCCCCACACAUACUCCGCGUUGGUUCCAUGCAGGUGUACCCUAGGCACUUGAUUGCCUGAACAGUCAUCUUCCUCUUUGUACAAUUGUCUCCUGAGCUGGUUGGUGGUGACUGAUAAAGAAAUAUAAAAGAUUGGACAAUUCUGUGGUUUUAUAAGUCUGUUGUCUUGGGUAAAGCUGCCUUCUGCCUGCCUGCUGUGUCUGGGAGACCUUCUUGGGGGAUGAAGAGGUGUCUGCACAGAGCGCUUUUGGGGGAGGCCAAGUCCUACUACAGAUUGAAUGGGUUUGGUGAAAAAUCCUAGCAUGAGUGUAAGCCUUGUGUAUUGUCCCUGCCCUGAGUGUACUCCUCUCCUGAGGGCUCUUUGCAAACAGACUUGUAGCUGCUCAAACGAUGUACCCCAGCUGCAUGGAAAUGAACCUGCAGAUGGCAGGUAAGGAGGAGGUGUUGCCCUCUCCUUUUCUCAGUGAUCUGGCAUGCAGAUGACCUCUCUGAACUGUACCACAGACUCACAUCUUCGUUGGAGAACUCCAAGGAAUGGAAUUGAAUGCAGUAUCCAGGGAACAGCUUCUGACUCUUUGUUUUGUCUUUGCAGGCGGAGUGGCCCCGUGAGCCCCAGCAGGUCCUGGUUAGUGGUGAGCAGCUGUCAUGAUCUCUACAGCACCUCUCUACAGUGGGGUGCAUAACUGGACCAGUGCAGAGCGGAUUUGCAUGUGUGGCCUCAACGAGGAGAGGAGAGCCCCGCUUUCUGAUGAGGAGUCUAACAAGAGCAGCUCCCAGCACUUGGGGUCCCAGGAAUUUUGUGUCAGCAGCAGCCUUUCCAAGGUGGAGCUCACAGCAGUCAGCGGUGGCAGCAAUGCCCAGGGGCUGGAUGCAACUAGCAGUGUGGAGGAAAAACUUGGGCCCAAGCUGGAAGAGCAGCCACCCAAACCCUACCCGAAACUAGAGUGUGCUGGACAAGCAGUGAUAGAAGAUAAUGUGGUGGGCCCUCUGGCAAACCAGGGAGAUGGCAGAGAGCUGGAGCCCGCAGUCCUGGGAGCUGUGGAGCCCAAGAGCAGCAGCACUGACAGUGCCUGGACACCUGCAGAUCUUCACAGUGACAAACAGGCUGAUGCAUCUCCUGCCUGUCCCAAUGCUCCAGACAGUGAACAUGCUGGGAAAGAGAAGAGCACCCUGAAUGCUGAAACACAAGAGGCAGGAGUGCCUGUGGAGGAGAUGCUGCCUGUGGUUGCCUCCAGCUGCAACACCCUUGCAUCCACCCCAGCCACCUUCACCUUGAAUAGAGUGUGUUUUUCCACAUCUCAAGCCCCAGCUAUGCAAAAAAUGCCCCUCUCCUUUCAGCCCGGGGCAGUUCUGGCCCCAAGCCAGCCCCUAGUGUAUAUCCCACCCUCCAGCUGUGGGCAGCCACUCAGUGUGGCUCCUCUUCCAAGCCCCCUUGGGGUCCCCUCCACACUUGCUCUCCCAGUCCAUCCCUCCUACCUGCAGGAGCGUGGCCCGCCAGGCAUUAUUGCGCCCCCUGAGCUGCGCUCAUUUCCCUGUACCUUCUCCGUAGCCAGGCCCUUGCCUUCAGACUCCAAAGUGGUGUCUGUGGAGGUGAACCAGAUGAGCUGCCCUUCACCUUCAGGUGGGAACAGCACACAGGCUGCUGCAGCUGUUGAUGGCCCUUCUCCAUCCAUUGAGAGCUCUUCGCUUUCACCCAGCCAGCCUUCCCUGACAGCAUCAUGUGGGAGUGCAGCUCCCCCACCAGGUACUGGCCUGCACACUAGGGCCUCUGGUGCUCCAGAGCAGGUUGCUCAAGGGGCCACCACUUCGCUUUCUCCGCUGAAGUCCCCCCCACAGCUGGAGCGUGAAAUGGUCUCCUUCCCAGAAUGUUGCGAGAUGCCUCUUGAUCUGUCCUCUAAAUCCAACCGUCAGAAACUGCCUCCGCCAAGCCAGCGCAAGACACCCCCCAUGCCCAUCCUAACACCGGUGCACACCAGUGGCAAGGCAGUGCUCACUACGGUCCUGUCCAAGUCCCAGCGUGCAGCCCAGAGCGCAGGUAGCAGCGUCACCUCAUGCCUGGGCACCAACCCUCCCUUGGUAAUUUUUCCCGACUUCCUGCGCAAUGGUGAGCAGGGCUCCUGGAUGAAAAACUCCACUGCGCUGAUUAGCACCAUUCCAGGCACCUACGUGGGGGUGGCCAACCCAGUGCCUGCCUCACUACUGCUCAGCAAAGACUCCAGCAUUAGCUUCAGCAGGGACCCACAGCACCUCCCCAAACAGGAGCCCAUUUCCAUCAUCGAUCAGGGAGACCCCAGAAAUGUUGGGCCACUCUCUGGGAAAAAAGGCAGCCAGGCUAGUGUGGAGGGUCAGCAGGACCCAGCUAGACGGUUCCUCUAUGGCAGAGUUGCCCCAGGGGCUUCGUUGUGCCAAUCCAAAGAACUCUCUCUCUGGAAUCCUGGUCAGGGAAGCAUUUACCCCCGAUGUCCAGUUAAUGGGAAACCAUCCAGUCCCCAGCUUCUGCCUGUUGGGUGGUCUCCCUAUCACCAGACCCCUGUGCUUUCAAUUGGCAUCUCCACAACCGGACAGCUGCCCCUGAAUCAGAGUGGCCCCUCCAAGCCAUCUGGUGCAGGCGAGCUCCCUGUGUUUCCCAGCAUGCAGCCUGUAGAGUCUGGCAUGGCAGUCCCCAAGGUCCCAGAGGGUCUGCCAAGACUUCCGUCUCUGGAAUGGGAAGCCAUGUCCAAAGCCAAGAACUGCAGGGCCUUGCCCAGGUUCUGUGAGGAGCCCAUCAAUCCAGUCCCCAUAGCUGUAGCUCCAUCUCUUCAGGCCAAUACUGUGGAUGCAAGGGGGGGAAAGGGGAAGGCAGAAAGCCCUUCCAGGAGCCAAGGGUGUGAUGAACCAGGGGCUGACUCCGGUAGAGACAGUGUUGUACAGACUGAGGCUCCCCCAGGGAGCUGUAGCCUCAAGCAGUUAGGAGACUCAAAACCUAAAAACCAAGUGUUAGCUGCCUAUCUGUCACAUGACCUGCCUGUAGUCAAUCAGCAAAGCCUGCAAACAGCCUGUGAGCUGCCAUCUGCACCUGUGGAGAGUCAACGCAAGGAGCUGGGAUGUGAGGUGGCCCGGGAGCAACCGGCCUCAGAGGCCCCCCAGUGUAUGCACCAGGUGGACCUGUGCAGAGUCAAGAAGGAGCAAGUGGAAUGUGAUGUGCCAUUUGCCUCUGGGGCUUGUCUGCGAGCUGGGGUCGCCGCCAAGGGCUUUCCUGAGACCAAACUCAAGGGAGCAGCCCAAAUCAAACAAGAAGGCAGCUUAUGCUGCAAAUCCAAACGGCAACACGAUGGGCGGGCCAAACAGGCCCACAAGAGACUGAAGUGCAGAGCCAAAGAUGGAGAGGAGGCGCCAAGCAAGUCGGGCAGCCGGAGCUUGCAUGGAUGGAAGUGGCGAAAGCAUCGCGGGGACUUGCAUGAGAUCAGCAAACGAGAAAGCCGGAUUGGCCCAGGAUCCAUGAAUGAGCACAAUAGCCUCAGGGUAAAGCGCAAGCGCAGGAGGCCAGCAAAGACAGAGCUCCAAUCUCCAAGGCAUCGUGGGGACAGCCAUGAGGAAGGUUACCUUGAGAAGAAACCCAAGAACAAUUUCCGUGACUUCAUCCCAGUGGUGCUGAGCAGCCGGACACGCAGUCAGUCAGGAAGUGUUGGUGGCUCCUCUGCUAGUGUGAGAGGAGAGUGCGAAGUGACUGGCCAGGAGAUCUUACCGCUGCUGGAGGAGGAGCAGGAGGAGGAGACAUCCUUGAAACGCCGCAGGCUGAGGAAAUCCCACAGAAUGUCCCGCUAUCAUAGCCACAGGGCCAGAGACAGGUCUCAGUCAGAAAAGGGUAGCUGCCACCUGAGGAGGGCCCGGGAGCUGCUCUGGAGAGUGGAGGCACCAAGGCAGCUGUGGGACCCAAAUGAGGAGGAUGACGACGACAGCCAUGUCAAGAGGAAGAAGAGGAGACGGCAGAAGAGCCGGAAAUACCAGACUGGGGAGUACUUGACUGAGCGGGAAGAGGAGGAACAUGUGAGCUGCUACUCCCAUAAGAGGCGGAAAUCGAAAGCAGAUUUCAGGUACCGGAAGCAGAAGGAAUGUACCCAGGGCAAAGGCUCAGAGCUGCGAUUGAGGAGCAGGCUUUCCCCAUCGCCCCGGAAGUCCCAAGGUCGCCCAGACUUCCGAAAUGGCUUUCUCCUGGAUCACCCGGACAACUCCUCCAUCCAGGAAGCACUUGAGAAACCAUCAGGAAAACGCAAAUGUAAAACAAAACAUCUGGCAGGGAUCUGUGAAGAGGGGAAGGUGAAAGGGCACUGGAAUCAGUCCAAGCCACGCUCUUUGAAGAAGCCCCAGGAGCUGUGGCCGCUCUGCAAGUCACGGCAGGCCAGCCCAGGAAACUCUCCUGAAUUGCCCAUGACCCAGCACAUCCCUCCUGAGGCUCGGCGGCUGAUCGUGAACAAGAAUGCUGGGGAGACUCUCCUUCAGCGAGCAGCACGGCUUGGCUACAAGGACGUGGUGCUCUACUGCCUGCAGAAAAAGAGCAGCGAGGUGAACCACCGUGACAAUGCCGGCUACACAGCUCUUCACGAAGCCUGCGCACGAGGCUGGAUUGACAUCCUGCACAUUCUGCUAGAGCACGGUGCCAAUGUGAACUGCAGUGCACAGGAUGGCACAAGGCCUGUCCAUGAUGCAGUGGUGAAUGACAACCUGGAGACCAUGUGGCUUCUGCUCUCGUAUGGGGCUGACCCCACACUCGCCACUUACUCGGGGCAGACAGCCAUGAAACUGGCCAGCAGUGAGGUGAUGAAGCGGUUCCUGAGCGAUUACCUCUCGGAUCUCCAAGGGCGUGCUGAUGGGGACCCCCGAACAACAUGGGAUUUCUACAGCAGCUCUGUUCUGGAGGGGAAGGAUGGGAUUGGGUGCGACCUUCUGCUCAACCCUCCCGGAAGCUCUGAUCAGGAGGAAGAGGAGCAAGAAUCAGACAGCUUCAUGUUUGAGUUCUCAGACAAGCCCCUGCUUCCUUGCUAUAACCUCCAGGUGUCGGUCUCACGUGGGCCCUGCAAUUGGUUUCUCUUCUCUGACGUUCUCAAAAGGCUGAAGCUUUCCUCCCGCAUAUUCCAGGCUCGCUUCCCACACUUUGAAAUUGCUACCCUGCCCAAGGUGGAGUUCCAGCGUCAGGUGUCCUCGAGCCAGCUGCUGGCCCAGGAGGAGGUGCCGGAGAGCCCCGAGCCGCUCCCCCAGGGCCCUGCAGAGACAGUGGAGCUGGUGCGUUACGAGCCAGAGCUACUGCAGCUCCUGGGCUCAGCAGUGGAGUUCCAGGCCUGGAGCAGCUGACGGGGGCUGGAGCUCUCCCCGCAUUGGACUGCGUCAUGAGGCAAUAAUAUGGACUGAUGGGAAGCAGCCUUUUCAAUGCCAGCAGCGGGGCCUGGAGUCUUUGGCUGUUUAUUCUCUCCUCGCGGCCCCUGAACUCCGACUGGGGAGAGACUCCACUUGUCUCCAAGGACUUCCCAGGGUCCCUUUCUGAUGAGCAGCAGCAGAUGCAGCUCUCUACAGGUCCCCUUCUAGAUCAGCUGGGAAGCUCGGACCUGCCCCACUGGGCUACCUUAGCUGGGCCCUCCUGGCUGUAGGACCAUGGGCUCUGAAGUGAGGGGCAGUGGAUGCUUCUGCCCUGCCCUUCCCCAGAAUCGCGCCUCUCUCUCAAUCUGCCCUCCCCCCAAUGUCUUCCAUAGUAUUUAUUUAAUUAGUAUUUAAUUUGUAAUGUUUCUUUUAUUUCUGCUGAGUCUGUAUCACUGUGAUUAUUUGAGCCCUGGGCUGUGGUGAAGAGGGCUUCUUCUGGCCCCUCGCCCAGGAUGCGCCUGGAGGACACUGCUCUCCCAUGAGCAGCUAGCUGUCUAGUGACCGAACCACUGCGGCCUGGUAGCAAAGGGACCAGCUCUCACAACAGUCCCCAGGUUAAAUUCUAGGGCCUGUGGGCAGCCCCCUCCCUCACCACCUUCUGCUGGGGCUGUUCCCUUCCCAAAAGCAAGUCCAGCUGAGAGCUGUUCUCUAGCCCAGGGUUCAGUCUCCCCCAGGUGCUUGCCUGGCUGUCUCAUGCAUUUCAUUUACAUCGCUUGUUUCUGGAUUCUUCUGGGCUACUUUGAAGGGGCAGCUGCAGCCUGAGAGCCACUCCAAAGCUACAGCCAGGGACUCCAGCUGCCUUCCAUCCUCAUGGGCUCCUGCUGCUGCCAGAGGGCCAUCCUCCUUGACGCAGUGUCUGCAUGCAGCCAGGCCCCUUCCUCCAUCCCUGCCCGUGCCCCUUUCUUCUGUUCAGAGAAGCAAUUCUACUGCAGAGAGCUGGCCUGAGGGGGCAAGUGCCUGCCCUUGGCAGGAGCAGAGAGCAGGGCUGCACCGCUGUGUAGAUGGUACAGUUUUAUUGUACAGGUGCUAACAAGGAUGCUGAGGACUGGACAAUCUGUUUCCUGGCUCUCCCCUGUCCUGCCCUGCAGUGGGAGUGUUGGGUGGUUUUUUCUUUGUGUUGUGUUUCGUCCCAGCCGGGCAGUUGUAGCCUCCCCUGACCACCACCUGUCUGCCUCCCCCUCCCUGGGAUCAGACAGCUCCUUUUUUAAGCUGAGGGUUAUUGCCUUUGGGUGUGUAUUCUGGCUGCUCUUUCUGAUUUCUGUUUUAUUAUAAACAACCGGCUGUGGUGUCAAAAAACACUUAUGUACAGAAAAACCUGCAUCAGGC